UGUUCUGCGCUUCACAUUUGUUUAAUUUGGCUAGCCCAUCAAUUUUUUAUCCAGUGUAAUGCGUGUCUGGGGUCGUUUUGUUUUACGAUUUCACUUUUCAGUUUAGGUUUCAUCUCCCAUCAUCGAUGUCGAUACAGAACCAGCGUUUCCCUCCGAUCUUUCACCUUCUUCAUGUCUGAUGCGAUAUUAGACCAGUAACCGAAUUCUGACAUAAAUCCCUCCAUCAAUUGAGCACCCAUGCUCUAUAUUCAAUGCGUUUCCUGGGACAGCAAGUCGGUGAAAGUUCUACUAUAAAAAGAACAGCCGCUCUUCCUCCACCGUUCAAGUUCGCCUGCUCCGUUUCUGGGAGGCCAUGAAUGUACAGCCUGGUGGAGAUCUCAUGGGAGUCGACAUUUUCCUUCUUGAUUAUCAGAUACAGUGUCGAGAUGUCUGUUGCAGAAGAGACUGGUGAAGGGUUGUUUGUUUGCUUCGUUGGGGUUAUGAAGAAGCUCCAUAACAUGAAGGCCUAUGAGGCUGGCCAUCUCUUGGCUGGUGAUGGUGCCAACCCGGAGGAAACUGAGGUCCCUCCUUUUGUUAAAGACAUGGAGGGAAAAACAUACAAGUUCCAGGUGAGAGUGAGCGCAUACAAUUUCACAGCGAAUCAAUCAUCAGACCUUCACCAUCUCCCGCAUAAUCAGCGAGGGUGACCGUUUGCCACCUCCUGAAUUUAUUGACGACGUAAGCUUUUUCCAGUAACGUCUCUGCUUUGUAUUUCAUAUGUAUAUGAUUUUAUUUGAUUUGAUUGGGGGGGGGGGUAACGAUGACGAUGGAGAUAACAACCACGGUGGCAACUCAGUGCCUGUUAAGGCGGAAGCUGGUGGUAGUAGCAAUGUUGAUGGAGCUGUUGGGAAGGUGAAGAAAGCACGCAAGGGCUAGAUGAGGCCGAUUGAUGUUGAGGAUGCUGUUUUCCAGCUUUUUCAAUGAAUAAGUUGUUUUGUUUGGCUAUCUUUUUUUCUCUGUUUUUUUCGGUCUUCAUGAACAAGUUUUCGUGUUUUGAUUUUCGCUUUUCGAAGCUUCUAAUUUGUAUUAUUACUUAUCAGUUAUAAAAUCUAUUCCAUCUCAGAAA